AUGCCGGAUGACAGGCCUGUUUUGUCUAGUGAAUUGCAGGCCAUGAAGGAUGAACUCAAGGAGUUUUUCGCUAAGGAGAUAAAUAAGGUGGCGCAAGACGUCCAAGGGGCCAAUCAUACGAUUGAGGGUGUGAACAAACGCCUCUCUACACUGACUGACAGGGUUCAACGUCUUGAAGUCAACCCUUCCAAGAGCAAAGACGAUGAUGAUGACUGGCUAGAGGAUGAUGAUGACAUCAUUUUUGGGUCUGAUGGCGAGCCUGAUAUGGCUAAGACUCGUGCGGAGAAGGUCCGUCAUCAACGUCUUCGCAAGAAUAAAACAGAGCCCCAGACCCCAACUCCGGACAUUGCCCACGAAUACUGGACCCUGUACUUUGAGUGGUCGGUUAUGGAGCCGGGCGCGAGGGCCGGAGUGGUGCUGAUCUCACCCGAGGGGAGCAAGCUCCGCUACGCAAUCCGCCUCCACUUCCCAUCCUUGAAUAACGUUGCUAAAUACGAGGGCCUUGUCAACAGCCUCCGCAUCGCCAUCGAGCUCGGAGCAACCCAGCUCUAUGCCUACGGUGACUCCAAGCUAGUGGUAGAUCAAGUCAUGAAAGAGUCCAACUAUGAAAGCUCCCUCAUCGACACAUAUUGCCAAGAGGUGUGCAAAUUGGAGGACAAGUUCCACGGAAUGGAGCUGCAUCACGUCCCAUGA